ACGUCAGCUGCCUCAUGACUGCUUGUCACUUCCGCUGGCUAGAGAAGGGUUGGCAGGGAAGGAAGCGGAGAGCAGCGGAGGACCCGGCGCACAGUGAGAACGGCCUGGGGUACACACCGACAGCACACUUCCAGCCAGCGCCGUUCUUCUUUUUUGAAAGAUGACGUCCAGAAAGAAAGUGCUUCUGAAGGUCAUCAUCCUGGGGGAUUCUGGGGUUGGCAAGACUUCUCUUAUGAACCAAUAUGUUAAUAAGAAAUUUACUAACCAGUACAAGGCCACAAUCGGGGCUGACUUUCUGACCAAGGAGGUGAUGGUGGAUGACCGGCUGGUCACAAUGCAGAUAUGGGACACAGCUGGGCAAGAGCGGUUCCAGUCACUUGGUGUGGCCUUCUACCGGGGGGCGGACUGCUGCGUUUUGGUGUUCGAUGUCACUGCACCCAACACGUUCAAAACCUUGGACAGCUGGAGAGAUGAAUUCCUCAUUCAGGCCAGUCCACGAGACCCUGAAAACUUUCCCUUCGUCGUCUUGGGAAAUAAGAUAGACCUUGAAAACAGACAAGUCACCACAAAGCGAGCACAGGUCUGGUGUCAUAGCAAAAACAACAUCCCGUACUUUGAAACCAGUGCUAAAGAGGCUAUCAACGUGGAGCAGGCUUUCCAGACCAUUGCACGGAAUGCACUUAAACAGGAAACAGAGGUGGAGCUCUACAACGAAUUCCCAGAGCCCAUUAAACUGGACAAGAACGACCGGUCAAAGGGCUCGGCAGAGAGCUGCAGCUGCUGAGAGGGAGAGGAAGGCGACAGCAGAGCCCUUCACUAACAGAUAUCACACUUAGGCCUUCGAACACGAAACCCUCUCUCUUCCCUGCCCAGAGUGUCAAGGAAUAAAUAUUAAUCUCCUGCACCCUCUCCAGCUCCCAGGCACCGGUCCAAAAAUUAAAAAAA